UACCGAAAACUAGGUUGCCUAGAUUUGGUAUUCAAGAAGGUGGCGAAAUUAUCCACAAUAGGGAAACUUAUCAAACAGCAAAAAGGGAGCACCUAACCCAACUCCAAUUACACAAUGACUACGACAGCCGUACUCGGCGGCGGCAUCAGUGGAUUAUCCGCCGGUUAUUAUUUGCUGCGCCGCUUUGGCAAACCUUUGACCAUUUACGAGGCAUCGCCUCGUGUAGGCGGCUGGAUACGCACGGAAUGGCACAAGGAGCGCGGCUUCAUCUUCGAGACUGGACCACGCACAAUCCGACCCAAGGGUGUGGCUGGUGCCAACACAUUGGAGUUGGUGGAGCAACUGAAGCUGCCGGUUAAACCAAUACGCAGCUCCCAUGUGGCGGCCAGGAACCGCAUGCUCUAUGCCAAGGGUCAGGUCUGUAUGCUACCCAACAGUCCAAAGGGUCUGAUUGCCACGGUACCGCCUUUUACCAAGCCGCUGUAUCGAGCUCUGCUCCAUGACCUGACCACGGGCGGCACUGUGGCCAAAAACGAGGAUGAAUCUAUCUAUAGCUUUGCCGAGCGGCGAUUUGGCAAGGAGAUCGCCGACUAUGCGAUCAGUCCAAUGAUAUGUGGGAUUUGUGCCGGAGAUGCGCGCGAGAUUAGCGUGCGCUUUCUCAUGGACAGUCUCUUCGAGAAGGAGCAAAAGUAUGGGGGCGUCAUCAAGGGCGUGCUCUACUCGCGCCUCAACAAGAACGAGGACAAGGACAAGGAUGUGGAUAGGCCAAUAGAUGAACCGAGUAAUCUGUACAAACAGGCGGUGCAGGAGAAGUGGGCUAUGUACAGCCUGACCGAUGGCCUGGAGCAGCUGCCACGCGCCCUACGCAAAUAUCUCGGCGAGCACGAUGUGAACGUCCAGCUGAGCAGUCGCUGUAACAAUCUGAGCUUCAGCAGCGACGGUGCACGGCUCGGUCUACGGAAUGCGGAGCUGCCCGUGUCGCAUGUGGUCAGCUCGUUGCCGGCGUAUCAAUUAGCGCCGCUGGUGCGGCAGCAGCAUCCAUCGCUGUGUGCCCAACUGCUCGAGAUCCCUUAUGUGGAUGUCGUUGUGGUCAAUCUGCAAUACAACAGCGAUCAGCUGCUCAAGCAGAAUGGGUUUGGUCUGCUGGUGCCGCCAGUGGAAAAUUUGCCGGUGCUGGGGGUGAUCUUCGACAGCUGCUGCUUCGACAUGGCGGGCAAUACGAUCCUCACCGUGAUGAUGGGCGGCAAGUGGUUCGAACAGUGGUUCGGCCACCAGCCCAGCCAGAAGGAGUUGCGCGACACGGCCCAGCAGCAUGUGCGCAAGAUCUUGAACAUUAAGGAGGAGCCGACAUUUAGUCGCGUCCACCUGCUCCACAAAUGCAUUCCCCAAUAUACCGUUGGCCACAAGCGGCGUGUGCAGCAGAUUCGGGAUUACAUACGCAACUACAAGUUGCCAUUGUCGCUGUGUGGUGCUGCCUACGAUGGCGUCGGCAUCAACGAUGUCAUCCUCUCUGCCCGUCGGCAGGUGGAGUUGCUCCCCAUGCCACAAACGCACUGAAAUUGUUUAUCUUUUUGUCUAUUAAUCUUUGUAUAUAAUUUUUGUUUUCCCUUUCAAUUUUUUUACAUAAAGUUGACUUAUCCAUCUUCA